AUGCUCACUGCAGAUCUUGGAUUCCUACUUCUGCACCUCAAGGCGCAUGACGAAAUGGUUGUAAGCUCUUCAUCUUCGAAGAAUCUUCUUGCAGCUGGUGCUGGAGAAGGACUACAAUCUUCUGCUGGUGGAUCAAUAGCUUCAGUAUGCCAGAAACUUCUGACACGACAAGUUCUUUCCACCUGCGUCGCGAAAACACUUGGCAAAGUCUUGAUGUCAAAAGCAUCUACAGUGCGUGAUAAAAGGCGGAAGUUCAAGCAAGGUGGCCAGGGUUUUCAUAGGAUCUGUCAGCCGCAAGAAGGGAAACUAUGGAGAUUUUACGACCUAAACGAUGCAUUGUUUGACUCAAAGGGCUUGAAAAAGAGCUCAUUAGGUAAAGGAACACCUGUGGCGGUUGCUAGUUUUUGACUUUGUUUAUUCGAAGAUGAACAGUGAAAGAAGAUUUAUAUACUUAUUCAAAUAUCGCAAAAUGUUUUGGAUGUUUAAGUGCGCACAAAAAUUUCAUCCUGUACAGUAUGUUGAAAAUGAGGAGUCGUUUCUUUGCAAGAAAAAAACCUAUCCGUAAAUGUCGAAAU